AUGAAUCAAAUUCAUUUGGAGCUCAAAAAGAGGCAAGGAGGCGAGUUACAAGCAUCUUACCUUUCAAAUGCAAUCCAUAAUAAUACUAAUAAAGUUUUUGCUACUCCUAUUGAUGCUGUUGGUUUGAGCAUAGGCAAAUAUGAUGACGACUUUGAAGAGUAUGGAAGUGAUUUUGACAAUGACACGGCUUCUGAAGCUUCUGAAGAUGUAAAUAUUGACAAAGAACACGACAAAACUUCUUUAUCUAGUCCAUUAGAUACUAAUUUGAUUCUUUCAUUUCAAGAAUCAAGUCUUGUCUACAAGGAGCCUGCUAGAGAUAGCACUAUUAAAAAUUCCCUUGAACCGACACUACCUUUCGGUACAUUAGAGGUAGUUUCAACUAUUAAAGUAAACAAUAUUGAAAGUUCAACAUUUGUAAUAAACGAUAAGGAUCCUGAAGCAAUGAUAAAUUUUUCAUUUUGUUCCGACUCUCGAUCUUCUGGUCAAACUUUUAAAAGAAUCAAACAACGCGCAAAAAUCCUUUUGAGAUUAAUUGAACUUGACUUUUCCGGACCAGGUACCGUCUUCGAUCUUCCACCAAUGGAUGAAUAUGCUACUUACAUGCUAAAGUUUGGCCGUGAAAAUCGGGCUCAGAUACAAGUACAGACAAAUGACGAUGCUCUUGAGCAAGAGGUCCAGACAGAACCUAUAAAAAUGUCCGAAUAUGGCAUGUGGACUCAGCAUCCAGCAAUUGAAGAUGGUGAAGCGUGUGGGCAGUCUAUGGAUACUCAACAGCAUGACAUUACAGAUGAUACAGUUGAAAUGGGAUCUAUACUUGAUAUUCUUAAUGACUUUAUUCCUUCCUCGAAUUUGAAAUGUUUAGUUAGAAAUAAAGAACGUAAUACAGAACUUUCGAUGAAAUCUUUACUCAAAAGAAGUAACCUAAGAGCCAAUCUUGAAACUAUGCUUUUUAUCCUCGAAGAAGAUGACGGGCCCUUAAUUCCUUAUCAAGCAACCUCUAAUUAUGGUGAUAAUCAGCACGGAUGUUCUCAAGCGGCUCUGGCUCAUUUCACUUUAGGAUAUACACAUAUAUUCUCAAACUCGAAAAAUAUUUCUGUCCAGACGGAAUUAGAGGAUUAUUUGUGUGUAGGAUGCCAAUUUGCUCCGAAUAACGGGAACAUAUUACUCACUAUGCAUAAGGCAAGUUUUUUACCUCCUAGAUACCACAUAGUUAAUGAUUAUUUAUACUCUUAUCUAAAACACUAG